UUUAACGUGACGUGUACGUACACAGGAAGCGAACACGCAGGCGCUUGGAAUCACAACAUUGCAGCAGAAGUCACUUUAUUCGUGCUCAUGUCGCUCAAAUGUAACAUUCUAAUUUCUGUAUUUUGUUGACGGUUGUAUCUAAAGCGUGUUCGGAUCAGAAGUUAAAGAAAAGGACCGUUUUACCCGCACAGCUGUUCAGAUAUGAGACUCGUUUCUGUGAAGACUGAUCAGGCUAGCUAGCAGAUGGCUAAUCGGCUGUGAUGUUUCCUCUAAAAUGACAGGAUGGGUGUUGGGAAGCUGCUGGGAGUCUGUGAGGUUAUGUUUGAGCCUGAGAGAGGUUCAGUGAAGCAGCUUCCAGUCAGCAUGUGACUCUGCUGCUGAUCAGAAACCUCGGACACAUCGAGAUGCCUCGUCUGGAGGAGCUGGCGAACAUCGCCCUGAGGGUGCCCAGCAUUCUGGUUUUGGACCUGCUGUAUAAAUGUGACAUUGAAGGUUUCACAGAGAACCUGAAGGCUAAAAACGAGGACAUGCUCUUCAAAUACAAGUAUGUCAUCUGGAACAUGUACUACCUUGGUCACCUGAUUAAUGUGGUUGUAUUAAUCCUACCACUGAGACACAUUGUGACGCUCUACCUCCACAUCCUUGCAGCUCUUCUUCUAUACAUGGGCCAUCAGAUUUCUAAGGAUUACGUCCGUGAGGAGCUGCAGUACGGAUACGAAGGAGCUGUUUAUCUUGAUUCUUUGGCCUUCAACAGAUUUGUUUCUGCCAUGACAGGUCAGAUGAUUCUCAGCACGCUGUGUGCCUUCCUGAUGAAGACCAGGAGGGUGUGGUUGUUCUCCGCACACAUGCUCCCCCUGCUGGCCCGACUCCUCACUGCUCCUCCUUCCACCCUGCUGACCGUUAACACCGUUUCCAUGGGCCUGACUGUCGCCGGGAUCGCUGUCUUCCUCCUCGCUAACCUGUUCGUGCCAUAUCGCCUUGCAAGGGCAGCUUAUUUGGAACUGCUUCACCUGGAGGUCAUCGAGCUCUACAGACUCCUGGCUGUGGGGAUUUCUCUGUGGAACCAGUUUGCCGUCCCAGUCCUCUUCAGUGUCUUCUGGUUUGUUCUGUUUGCCGUUCAGCUGUUUUCUGACACCAUGUCUGCCGGUGCCGCCACCUCCCAUCAGGGCUUCCUGUUCCUGGUGCUCACAAGCGUGUCUGAAUGUUGUGCCACGCCCUACUCCCUCCUGGGCCUGACCUUUGUGGUGUCCUAUCUGGCUCUCGGGCUUCUCAACCUGUGCAAGUUCUACCUGGGAGGUUUUGCUGCUAUUCAGAAUGAGAACGUCAUGCACAGAGGUGUGACUGAGGGAGUCACUCUGCUCCUUCUGGCUCUUCAGACCGGCCUGUUAGACAUGCAGACCCUGCAGCGCACCUUCCUCCUCAGCAUCAUCCUCUUCAUCGUGCUGACUUCAACCUUACAGUCGAUGAUUGAAAUAACAGAUCCGGUGAUUCUGGCCCUGGGCGCGUCACGAAACAGGAGUCUGUGGAGACAUUUCCGAGGCCUAAGCAUGUGUCUGCUCCUGCUGAUUUUCCCCGUGUUCAUGGCUUAUAAAAUCUCCCAGUUUUUCCACAUGGACUUCUGGCUUCUUAUACUGGUGUCCAGCUGCAUGCUGACCUCCCUCCAGGUCACAGGCACAAUGCUGAUCUACUCCCUCUUCAUGGUGGAGCUGUUCCGCAGUGACCCCAUCGAGAGCCUGGAUGAAGUCAUCUACUGGGUGAACUCCAUCAGCAGGGUGCUGGAGUUUCUGGUGGCUCUCUGCGUCGUGGCCUACGGCACCUGGGAGUCUCUGUUUGGGGAGUGGAGCUGGAUGGGCGCUUCCGUCAUUAUCAUCCACUCAUACUUCAACGUUUGGCUCCGAGCUCAGUCAGGCUGGAAGAGCUUCCUGCUCAGACAGGAAGCAGCUAAAAAGAUCAGCUCUCUUCCCAGAGCCACUGCUCAGCAGCUGGACCGACACAAUGAUGUCUGCUCCAUCUGUUUCCAGGAAAUGAGCUCUGCUGUGAUCACACUGUGUGGACACUUCUUCCACGGUAACUGUCUCCGGAAGUGGUUGUAUGUGCAGGAAACGUGUCCCAUGUGUCACCAAACAGUCCGACCAGCACCAGCGGGUCAGAGCCAGGCUUCAGGCGGUGACCCGGCAGCUCAGAGGGAGGCCCAGCCGGAAUCGGCUGCACAAGAAGGACAUCAGAAACCGAGCAGCAGCUCCACGGAGGCGCAGGGUGAUGAUGACACUCAGCAGCAGGAGGAGGAGGAGAGAGACGGCUUAGGGAACAGAGACAGUAAAGAGGAACCAGCUGAAGCUGCUCAGGGUCAUGGUUUGAACUCCAGUGGAGACUUCAUCCCACCCGUGUCCUUAGAGGGACGUUCCAGUUCUGAUGCAUUACUGUAUACAACUUCUCUGAACAGCCCAGUGGGGGUCAGUGGGUCCUGCUCCCCUCUCCCAUCGGUUAAUGAGAAUACUGAGGAAGGCCAGCGUGACCUGGAGCUACCAGAGUUUCAUCCUAAUAAGUUCCAAAGGACACCUAAAUCAUGUCGUGACUUUGAUUCACUAAAAGUAAACAAAACUGAAAUUCAUCUACAAGCGGCCUCAGGUGCUGUGAGCCCUGCUGAAAACACAACAUCAGCUCAGUCAGACCCUCGAGGCUCCACUGACUCUUUCAACAGGCAUCACGAUCAUGUCACACAAUCAGACCUGAACUGGGACUGCCCAGAAUCCAGUGGUUGACCCAGCCCUUGCACCAGUGCCUUGAAGGGUCUACAAUCAUAACUGGAAUGAACACAUUAGCCUCCCUGGUGUGGAGCAACUCAUCAAAACAAAGAUCACAUCCUCCACAUGUUCAGAAAUACGUCUGAAUAUUAAACCUGAUGGUGUUUACUCGAUGCACAACUAGAAAAGGAAAACAAAUUACUAUGAUUUAUCAAGAAAUGCCUUUGGAUUAUUAAAUAGGAUUAAUUUUUGUUACUCUUCAAGGAUCUCAUCUUUCCCCAGAGUAAAACUCCUGCUGCGUCUAUGUUUUACUGUAGUAUUAUAAACCCAGCAGGAUGAGGCACAGGCUCUGAACAUUAGCUUUGUAGCUUUAAGCUAAGACAAUCCGAAACUUCAGUUGCUGUCAGACUGACACUGUUCUGUGGCAAACCUUUUUGACCCAUUUCCCUCACUGUAAAAAUGAUUUUAAAACAAUACAAAUAAACUUCAAUGUUUACAAAUCA